UUUUCAUCUCAACACGGGGAAACCACCACCACACACAGACAUUCAUCUCAUCUGUGUCGAGUGGCUUACCUACAGCAUACUACUCUCAGUCAACAUGACUUCUGUCAGCGAUAUCCGAAAGCUUCUGCCAGCUGUGCUGAUAUGGUUAAUGAAUGUUAAGUCCUGCUUGUCUCAGCAAGGAAACAAUACAACCACCAUAAACUACCAAGACUAUGACAUUCCCAGUAUAAAUUACGACGAUUAUAUCAUGGUUUGUAACAAAGAUUCCAACCGCCUGUUCCGCCUCUGGUUCAUGCCAUCGUUCUUCUCCAUCAUCUGCUUUCUGGGCCUGGCAGGAAACCUACUGGUCAUCCUCACCUUUUUCUACUUCAAGCGUCUCAAGACCAUGACAGAUGUGUUCCUGCUCAACCUGUCCUUUGCAGAUCUGCUCUUUGCUCUGUCUCUCCCCUUCUGGGCAGCGAGCUCUAUGGCAGAAUGGGUGCUGGGCCUGGCGGUGUGCAAGGCCAUGUACACUGUUUACAAGGUCAGCCUCUACAGCAGCAUGUUGCUUCUCUGUUUCAUCAGCGUUGACCGCUACUUCGCCGUCGCCAAGGCCGUGUCCGCUCACCGCCACCGCUCCCGAGCAAUGUCUCUCAGCAAGGUGUCAUCGGUUGUCAUCUGGGUGUUGGCACUGAUCUUCUCCAUACCGGAAAUAAAGUACACCGCUAUUGUUAACAACACAUGCACCACUUUCUCGAGCACUGGUGACCCGCUCCGUGUACCCAUCCAGUCGAGCCAGAUGGUUCUGGCUUUUGCCCUCCCGUUCCUGGUCAUGUGCUUCUGUUACAGCGGCAUUGUGCAGACCCUUUGCCAGGCUCGUAACUUUGAACGCAAUAAGGCCAUCAAGGUGAUUCUCGCCGUGGUCACCGUCUUCCUGGUAAGCCAGGUGCCCUAUAACUUGGUCCUGUUUUGGAACACAGUACUCACAGCACAAGGAGGAACUGAAAACUGCAUUUACGAGAACAGGCUCCUCUACGCCACUGAUAUCACCCAGUGUGUGGCCUUCAUGAGGUGCUGCCUGAACCCCUUUGUCUACGCCUUCAUCGGUGUGAAGUUUCGUCAUGACCUCCUGAAGCUGCUAAAGGACUGGGGCUGCAUGAGUCAGGAGAGGUUCUUCAGGUAUACCUGCGGCAGGAGGAGGAGCUCAGGAGCCACUGACACCGAGACAACCACCACGUUCUCGCCUUAAAGCUCCGUCAGGACGGAUAACAGCCAAUUCAAACCUUUACAGUCAGCUGAAGGACAUGAGGAUAAAAGUCUCAAUAUAUUUUCCAUGUACAUAGCAGAAGUUAUCAUAUAAUUGACAGUUAUGAGGGUUUUCACCAGUUUUUUGUUGCUACUUUUGUUUCUGUCUCUUUGUUUGUGUAUUCUCUUUAGUUCAUAUCAAACAAAGCUCUGUUUAUAUUGCUGUAUUGGAUGUAGUGUACAGUGACUUUCAAGAAAUUUACAGUGUUAAUGAAUAAUAUACAUACUGUUUUUUUUCACUCUUUUCAUCUUGUAAAAUGAAUAAAUAAGAUUUAAU